AUGGGCAUCUUGCCUCGUGGAUCGUCUGGCUAUGGCGCCAACGACCUCUGCACGACUCCAGCAUGUAUUGAGAUUGCGGAUAACAUUCUGGGUAGUAUGGCUACAAAUCAUGCAAAGGUUGAUCCAUGCACCGACUUCGAUGAGCUCGUCUGCGGUAACUGGGCAGAACGCAACCCAAUCCCAGCAGGCGCAGCGUCUGUCGAUGUCCUACGAGCUGUCCAAUAUCACGUAUACGACCUCGUUCGACGCGUUCUCGAGGGUCCCUACCCUUCCGGCCCAGACGCAGGCUGGAUAACAGUCAAUCUCACCAAAGAGGAGACUAAGGCUGAUAAAGAGAAUUUUGUCAAGAUGCAGGAAGCUUACCAAGUCUGCAUGAACACAACGGCCCAUGAGGAAGAGGGUCUCAGCCAACUUCGACAAGUGGCCAAGACUAUUGUAAAGACACUCCCUGCUUCCGGUAACGGAAAGAAAGGAGCUGUAUAUGAUCACUCAAAUGGAAUUGGUCAGCUGAUUACUCUGUUUGAAAGCCUGGGCAUCGAGACGACGCAGAGGUUCAUACAGAUCGCAGAGCCGCUGAACCCAGACAAGAUGGCACUUGGCAUCCAGCCACCCACGGAUUCUGGUCUUCCAUCUACUCCCGAGGAUAUGUUUGAGUUCAUCAAGAUUGCAAGCGAGCUUAUUUACUCUGUUCAUCCUGUCAACUUGACGAGAGGUGGGGCUCAGACUUUGAUGGAGUCGGUCGUCGCCCUUCAACUCUCACUCCAGCCGGUGGCCGCCCCAGAGACAAAUGCAACGGAGGCGGGCCAGGAACAAGAUACGGAAGAGACGCCUGAUGUGAUUCCAUACGUCUCUAUCAACGAUAUCCAAAAGCUCGCUCCACAGCUGAACUUCAAAUACGUUAUUGAUCAAUUGGCGCCAGAGGGGUUCAAUGAUUCCAGGAUCAUAUUCGAAUCCGCAGCGCUGUACUACAACAUCUCGCAGAAGUUCUCCCAGACUCCGCCACUGGUCAUCCAAACUUAUUUCCUUUGGAAAGCCAUCGCUGCUGUUUCUAUCUAUGUCGACUCUCCACAGACUGAGGCCUACAACACGUGGAAAAUGAAGCAGCAAGGUAGAGACCCUGGUAGUCCUUCACCCCGCUGGCAGCGAUGCGCAAUCCUUCUCGAUAACGGCGUUGACUGGAUUGCCAACGACAAAGUCGCUUCUCAGCUCGUCGGUCCUACCGGUCUGACUUGGAUCCUCGCCCGAUUCUUCGCAGAUAAGCACUUUACGCCUGAUGCUAAGAAGUUCACAUCUCAGAUCAUCGAUAAUCUUGAGGAGGCUUUUAUCGGGCGCAUUGGCACCAGAGCUUGGGCUACUGAUAAGGUUAAGAAGACAGCGGUGGAGAAAGUGCGCGCCAUGACGAGCAAGAUUGGCUUACCAACCUCCCCCCAUGUCACCGACGCAAAGGUUGUGAAGAAGUUUUAUUCUGAUAUCGAGAUCACGUCGUCUUUGCUCCUUAAUGCUCUUUCCUUCGCGAAGUCUCGGGUUGCCAAGAACUGGGCAUCCCUUGACAAGCCUGUCGAUCGACAGAAGUUCCCGUCUAGCACUCUCACCACCAAUGCCUUCCAUCAACCCUCAGGAAACACCAUGGUAAUCCUAUCGGGUAUCCAGCAAUCUCCCAUCUACGGUGUUGGCUAUCCCGCAUACAUUACCUACGGCGGCAUGGGAAGUAUUGUUGGGCACGAAAUCACCCAUGGUUUCGAUAACAGUGGCCAUCAGUUUGACAAGACGGGUAACAAGAGCGCUUGGUUCGAUGAAAAGUCUACAGCAGGGUUUAAAAAGUCUAGUGACUGUUUUGUCAAGCAAUACGGCAACUUUACCAUCACUGGUCCCGAUGGAGAAGAAGAAAAGAUUGACGGAGAGCUUACGUUGGGUGAGAACGUUGCAGACGCAGGUGGUAUUCUCUCUAGUUUUGCCGCUUGGAAGAAGUGGGAAAAAGACAAUGGAAAAGCGCAAGACCUACCUGGACUUGGCAACUUCACUCAUGAGCAGUUGUUCUUUGUCAAAUGGGGCCAGAAUUGGUGCGAGAACAUUAAACCUGCGCAGGUCAUUGCUGGAUUGACGGAUGAGCACAGUCCUAACCAGGCCAGAAUUUUGUUGCCGGUGAAGAAUUCUGCUGAUUUCCAGCGGGCGUUCAAAUGUCCUCAGAAGAAACCUGUUUGUGAGCUAUGGUAG